AUGGACGAGGUGGAUGGAGCGAUACAACCAUCGUUUGAACUGGCGGAAUGCUGUGUGCAGGACGCUGACAGUGUGAUCCCGGACACAGCCGGGGAGUUUUGUGGUCUUUGGCAUCCUGACUUCCCGGACCUUGCCGCACUGCUGGAAAGUAUCGAAAUUUUGGAACGAGAACGCACCGCGAGCGUAGUGCCGGAUCCUUCUGCGGCCAACGGCAACCCGCCAGUGGCAGCCGGUGCAGUCUACAACACGCCGGCAACCGAGCAACCGGCCGACAUGCUGAUGGUAAUGCACGAUGCCUAUGGGACAGAUUUUACCUUCGUGGAUGAGUUCGGUAGCAGUGGCGCGCCGAUGAUGGCUACGCCGCCGCAACCGCCUGCAGGUAUGCUGCAGGCACCCGUUGCUGAUGAUGCUGGCGGAUAUAGUUUCAAUCAGGCUCCGCACGCGCUGUACCAACCGCUGUCGAACCCGGCGCCCAUGUCACCGAUGUCCCCGAUGUCGUCCCAGAUGCCACCGCCGAUACCACCGUUGCCGCCGAUGCCACCGAUGACGCCGAUGCCGCCAAUGUCGCCAAUACCACCGCUGUUGUCACCGCCGAUGUCGCCUAUGUCGCUGAUGCCACCGAUACCGCUGAUGCCACCGAUGCUGGCGAUGCGGCCCCAGAUGCCACCGCCAAUACCGCCGAUGUCGCCGAUGCCACCGCCCAUAUAUUUUAAUCUCGACCGGAACGGGUGGGCAGAUGGGGCUGUAUGUGUGUACCUUCAGUGCCAUCGAUCCUAA